AUGCUGGCACCGGUGAUACGAUUGCUUGUCCGCUACAUCAAGCGGUGGAGAUUUUUCUUGGUGGAUUGCGAAGCUCUCAAGUCGUUGCAAGUGGUCAUUCCGCUUCUGCGACAGCAUGCACCCGCUCUGGAGGAGAUGACAGUAGCCGCUUCCAACAUCUCAUGUCGCUUGCCCCAUACUCAAAUGGCCUUCUUCCCUUUCACUUUCUCGGCCGUCAACCUUCGAUCUUUGUCUCUGUACAAUGCUCCCUGUGUCAGCGAGGUCCACAAUAUCGCUUCCGCAUUCCCAUCCCUAGAAGAGCUUGUUCUACAUGGAUGGGCCAUGCCCAUGGAUAUGGAUUGCAGGAGUUUCAUGCAGCAAGUGCAGCCAUUGCAGCAUCUGCGCAGCAUAGAGAUCUGGGAUCCCGAUGAUGACCUCGUGGAAUCUGUUCCGCUCCCCGCAGACUCUGCAUUUCUACAUUUCCCCUCUCUCGAGGAACUGCAUCUCGAGGGAUGGUGA